AUGAUUUCGUACGAUGUGGAGCCGGAAUGGUUGCGUCAUUUACAAACCAAAGAGCCCGUUAAAAUUCAUCGAAAUCACAAGUCAAUUAUUCAUAAUCAUGUAACAAAAUUAGGAAUACGAGUAGUGGUGAUUUCUGACACACAUGGUUUUCAUCGGCAUUUAAAAUUCCCAGACAAGGAGGAAAAUAAGGAAAUGAUUUUAAUACAUUGUGGUGAUAUGACUGAUGAUGGAACGGAGGAAGAGAUGAAAGAAUUUAAUGAAUGGCUUGGAGAGAUUAAACACAAAUUUUCAAAUAUUUUCGUGAUUUGUGGAAAUCAUGAAACACAUAUAUCUAAAUAUUCGAAAAAAGAAAUUCAACAUAACUUUCUCACCAACUGUACAUUUCUGCAAGACGAUUGUUUUGAAAUUGGAGGAUUAAAAGCAUAUGCAUCUCCAUGGUGUCCAAAUAUGUAUUCAUGGCUGUGUGAGAAAUUUGAAAAACACCUGAAUCAACCAGAAAAAGUUCAAUCACUGAAAAAUUUUGACGGCAUGUAUUAUUUCAAGAAUGAGAACGAAAUUGAAGAAAUGUGGAACAAAAUUACAGGUGACGUAGAUAUUCUUAUUACUCAUACACCACCCAAAUUUAUUCUUGAUUUGAACGAGUUUGGAUCAAAUAGAGGUUGCCAAAAACUGCUCGAGAGAAUUCAUAAUCUUUCCAAGCUUAAAGUGCAUUUAUUUGGUCAUAUACAUCAAAUCAAUGGAUACGAAUUCAUAUCACGAAACGAGCUGGAAAGGUUGGCUCUUCAAGAAAGGCAAGAAAAUUCAAACGAUUUUCAUCGGACUGACGUUUUAUUUGUGAAUGCUUCCAAUUUUCACAUGUAUCAACCCUUUUAUUUUGAUCUGUAA